AUGUCAGAUGGGGAAGAUGAUGUGCCCCAGUUGUCGGCAAGUACGUUUCAGGCGCUUCAGGAGUUUUACAAAGAACAGGAGGAAAGGGAGACGCGGUUUUUGUCAACACCUGAUGAAAAUACCACUUUAGACGAAAACUGGCAAUUGAGUCAGUUUUGGUACGAUGAUAAGACCACAGAAAAUUUAGUUAAUGUAGCUUUAAGAGAGGUGGGUCCAGAUGGUAAAAUAGCACUGGUUUCGUGCCCAACACUUUACAAAAAGAUGAAGGAACGUGUAAGUGACAAGGGGGAAGUAACACUUUAUGAAUAUGAUCAGCGUUUUAGUGUGUAUGGCAAUGAUUUUGUUCCCUAUGAUUACAAGUCGCCUCUAGGGGUUCCGAGGGAAAAAGCUAGUUAUUAUGAUCUUGUCAUAGCUGAUCCACCGUUUUUGUCAGAGGAAUGUUUAACCAAAGUUGCAGUUACACUUAAAUUUCUUACGAAAGACAAAAUCAUUUUGUGUACAGGCGCAGUGAUGGAACAAUUCGUUGAACGCCUGCUAGACCUGAAGAAAACUCCCUUAAAGCCGCAACAUCGAAAUAACUUGGGAAAUGAAUUUUACUGUUAUUCCAAUUUUAAGAUUGAAUGUUAAUGUUAAUAAUUAAAACACGUUUUUACAUA